AUCUCCAUUGCUCCACGCUUCUUCCUCCCCAAAAGGUAGGAUUUUGCGGGCGAAUCCGCCAUUAUCUUCCUCCUCCCACUCCAUUCCCCUCCGAAAGAGGAAAUCUUUAGCGAGAACGGAGAUGGGAGGAGAGAAUGGAGACGCGGCGGUGGCGCCUGCGGCCGGGGAGAAGGAGGAGGGGAAAGAAAAGGGGCGGAAGAAGUUCGCGGUGCUGCUGUGCGCCGACGACUCGGAGUACGUGCGGAAGGCCUACGGCGGGUACUUCAAGGUCUUCGUGGGGCUGCUGGGGGAGGAGGGCGAGGCGUGGCACGUCUACCGCGCCGCCCACGGCGAGCUGCCGACGGCCGCCGAGGCCGACGGCUAUGACGGGUUCGUGAUCACCGGUAGCUGCAACGACGCCCACGGCGACGACCCCUGGAUUGAGGGCCUCGUCGCCUUCCUCAGGGCCCUCGACGCCAAGAAGAAGAAGGUCCUCGGCGUCUGCUUUGGCCACCAGAUCUUGAGCAGGGCGCUAGGGGGGACGACCGGCCGAGCGAAGAAAGGCUGGGACAUCGGAGUCACCUGCAUCCACCCCUCCCACACCAUCAUCAAGACGCAGGCCUCGCUCCACAUCCCCUCUCAUCUCCCCGUAAUCGAAUUCCACCGCGACGAAGUAUGGCAACUGCCUCCUCAAGCAGAGGUGCUGGCUUGGUCCGAGAAGACCGGCAUCGAGAUGUUCAGAUACGGAAACCACAUAAUGGGCAUCCAAGGCCACCCGGAGUACGACAAAGGCAUCCUCCUCCACCUCAUCGAUCGACUCCUCCAACGAAACCUCAUUCAGACUUGCCAUGCGGAAGCCGCAAAGGCGAGCAUCGGCAUGCGACAACCGGACCGGGAGGCUUGGAAGAGGCUAUGCAAAGGCUUCCUGAAGGGGGAUCUUUUAUGGUAAUCGAAAGAGAAGACACGGAUCUCGACUGAAGCUCUAUGUUUUCUACAAGGAGAUUCUCAAGUGGAGAUGCCAAGAACUGGAUAGAACAGUCUCAUGUUCAUGUAGCACCGGGCAACAGUUCGAUCGAGCUGUUGUUGAUGACUUGAUUGGAUCGAACCGUGUUGCGUUCAUUGAAUAAUUGUGUGAGUUUUUAUGUAGCAUUGGUGUUCCUCAAAGUGAAUAGAGGUAACUCGCAAAUCGAAUGAAAGAAGUGUCUAUUUUUUAUCUCGAAAAUAUAUAUUUUUAUUUUA